AAGACCCAUGAGGCAUUGGCUACUACUGGGUUAUCGAAGUGGCAAGCUUUGAAUAAAAUAAAUUCACGCACAUGUCGACAUUCUCCUACCUCCAGGUUCUAUCGGCGAGAUUUUGAUUGAAGGCCCACACGUCGCACGGGGAUACCUGCCGACGACCAAUCUCCUAGUCUCUGACGGCUUUAUGCCCUCUGCUCCUCGAUGGUGGAGUUCCCGCGCACCCGCACAUCCGAUUCCGAUUCCCUCGCGCUUCUACCUAUCCGGAGACAUCGGGCGCUGGACUUCGGACGGCUCGAUCACACAUCUGGGCCGGAGAGACGGCCUGUUGAAGCUUGAUGGCAAUCGGAUCAAUGCGGCCGAAGUAGAACAGUAUGCCGGAAAAUGUUUGCAACCCGGGGAUAUCGUGAUCGUGGAUGUGCUAAAUGGAGAAUUAGUCGCUGUGAUGUACUUGGACGGGCAUCUCGAUAAUACCACUGCGCGGGAUGGAGCAGAGUCACAGCCCUGUGUCUGGGAUGCUACCACCGAUGACACUGGAUCUGCUCGUGCGGCGGCCAUUGCGGCCACGGUCGGUGCGAGUCUGCCGAGGUACAUGGUGCCGUCAAGGUUCUUACUCAUCUCUCAUGUUCCGUUCACAGCCUCGCGCAAGGUCAAGCGAAAGGCUAUUCGAGGCUUUUGUCAGAAUUUCCUCGCUCCUCAGUGA